AUGGCUACCGAAGGCACCCUAGAAGACCGAGGAGGUGGUGUACCGCAGGGAACGAUGUUUGCUCCACUUUCAAUCAUGCGCACAGUACUUUUCGCCGUCGUCCCGCUCAUUAUCAUUACGAUGAACCUCUUCAUCGCCGUCGUUUUGGCCGACGAUGAUUUGGACUUCACCGACGUGGAUACCUUUCUAUACAAGCUAAUCAUUUCACUCGACAUCGUUUCCUUGAUCGUCUAUCCUGUCAUUGGACCCUUCUUUGGCUUUAAUGUCCUCGGAUCUCUGGAUACCAUCCAAAUGGUUCAGGUGUGCUUAAUAUCGUGUUUCACGUAUGCCUUUCUUCUCCUCCUAACCACAUGGAUGUUAUCCGCCAUCGCAAUCAACAAGUACAUUUACAUUACUUUUCCACUCAAAUACCCGAUUUACGUUACCAUUAGGAGAGUGAAAGUAUUCACUAUCCUCGCUUUUCUCCUUUCUGUGUUGUGUGCUCUGAUAUUCCUGCCAUUCCGCCACUUUCCGUUUCUCGACACGCAUGAAUGUUCCCCAGAUGGCUUUCAGGCAACACUGCCGACGACUCUCCCAUAUCUUCUUAUGCUGCCGAUGUCCUUGUCAUUGCCAUUGGGUUUGAUAAUAUUCUUCGACUUCGCUAUGAUACAAAAAGCGGUAUCGCAGUCCAAACGCUUUCGCCGUGUAGCGGUUCAACAACACGCCGAUGACGAGAACCCAGCGAGGGACAACUUACGCGAUGAUGUUCAAGGCGUUCGAGAAGGGAUACGACAUCGGGGACUAAAGAACGUUAUUCGCCUUGUGUCGGUAGCGUUGUUUAGCUUUAUGACGAAUGUUCUGACCAUGAUAACGCUUUGCUUUAUUGUAGACGAUUCAGGGGUUGAUGCAGUAGUUUUCCUCCUGAACGAUGUGUCACAGUAUGUUUGGAAUAGUAAAAUGGUAGUCUUGAUGCUUAGCGAUGUCAAGUUGAAAAGGGCCACGAGACAGAGAAUAAAAAAGAUUGCUCGAAGGCUUAAAUUCAAAGGACAAGAAUACUAA